GACAAAAUGACCGAAGUUUUCCAGAACACGGAAGUGUUUCAAAGCAUUGAUCUUCUAAACCCGUUUCUUCGACACAUUGCACCGGGUGAGUGUAAUCCUGGGCCUGGGACAAAGAGAAUGUUGACUGGGAGAUCCACGUGGAACGGUUGCGGAUGAAACACCGGGACCAAUGGGGAGCGUUGCUACCAAAACGGAAGUUCUACCUCUCACUUCCGGUUAGGAAUGUCAUAUUUGUCUACCACACGUGGUCCGUGAGCUGUGAGAAGGACACGGAAUGCUACAGAGUCCUGAAGGAAAUGCAGAAUCACGAAAUGAAGAAAAUGGGAGGACCAGACAUCAAAUACAAUUUCUUGGUUGACAAUAAAGGCACGGUCUAUGAAGGCAGGGGGUUUCAUGUGAUGCCGGUAGCCCCGACGAAAUUCUUCCCUUUGGACGACAAAAGUAUUAGCAUUGGGUUCAUAGGAGAUUUUAGAGAUACGCAGCCAAACUUCCUGAUGUGGGCUGGCGCUAUUAAACUAUUAGCAUUCGGGAUCCACACUACCUUCAUCAAACAAUAUUUUGAUUUUGCUCUAUGUAGAUUAUAA